AAGGGGCAGGUCAACGUAAGUACAAUUCUUAUAAAAAAUUUCAAAUAGGUACAACAACAACAUUUAAUGGAUAUACCAAUAUUACCGGCAUUCCACCAACACCAGCACCUCGUCGUCGUAAUUUUCCACCAUCAACACGAAAUUUAACACCACCACCAUCUCAUUAUAAUCAUCAUCAACAUUAUUAUCCACGUAAUUAUAAUCGCCAUCAUAAUUAUCAUUCCAAUAAUAAUAAUAAUAUUAAUAAUUUACCAACAUUAAUGUCAUUAAAUCCAUAUCAUAUGCCAUCUCGCCAUCAUACACGUUCAUUACACCAGGCCCAACAAUUUCAUCCUAAUCAACAUCAUUCACGUUCAAUAUCACGAUCUCGAUUCCACCUUCUUUCACAACUUCCAUCUCAAUCACGUUCACGUUCACGUUCAUUUCAUCGUCGUCCAACACCACCACCAAUAAAACCACGACAUAUUCAUCAACAACAAAAACAACAUAAUUUUCAUCAGCGCCAUCAUCAACAUCAUCAUAAUUCUCAUCAUAAUUCUCAUCAUAAUUCUCAUCAUAAUUUUAAUCGAUCACCAUCACCAUCACCAUCAUAUAACAUCUACAAUAAUAACAACAAUAUUAAUAAUAAUAAUUAUAAUAAUAUUAGAAGAACAUUUAAAGGAAUUAUUUUAUCCGAUUCUAUGUGCUCCCGACUUAGAACAUAUGCUAUUAAAAAAUUACCCUUAUAUGAUGUAGAAUUAAGUUAUGAAUCAGGUUGUGAUAUUUAUAAUAUGAUACAAUGGUUAAACACACCUGAAGGUCGUGGUCAGGUAAGUGAUAA